CCCUCUGCUCGCUCCUGGGCUCCUACACAGACAACAUGCCCAAGAUUCGCACCACGAGGACGAAGAAGCCCCCAGAAGGCUUUGAGGACAUCGAGAGCAUCCUUGAUGACUACGCGAAGAAGAUGCGUGAUGCCGAGAACGAGUCUCAUGAGGGAAAGCGCAAGUCAGAGUCUCUUUGGCCAAUCAUGCGGAUCUCACAUACGCGUUCACGGUACAUAUACGAGCUGUACUACAAGCGCGAGGCUAUUAGCAAGGAGCUGUAUGACUGGCUUUUGAAGGAGGGAUACGCAGACGCAAACCUGAUAGCGAAGUGGAAGAAGCCCGGAUACGAGAAACUCUGUUGCGUGCGGUGCAUACAGACAAAAGACAUGAACUAUCAAGGGUCGACUUGUAUUUGUCGUGUACCAAAAGCCCAGCUACGUCCGGGCACGGUCGUGGAAUGCGUGCACUGCGGCUGUCGCGGCUGUAGUUCUGACUCUUGAUUCUGUGCCUGGUUCUAGUUUUGUUCACGGUAUGGGCGCACCGACCUAUCGUUGCCUCUCUGUGUAUUUUACUUGUCAUCUUGCUGUGCCAAUACAGUUUCUCAAAGCGAAGUCU